GACACUGACAAGGCAUCGACCUCGUCCUCGCUCCCAACAGUCGGAAAAAUCCCGCAGUUUCCCUCCGGAUCCGAUUUCCACAUCAGCAGAGACUCCUGAAGAACAGACUUUCUUCGACGAACCUGCUGCAACUCCCGCACUGGUAGGUCCAGAAGCAGGGGAUGGAGAUGAUGUUGAUAGGGGGCAUCACCAGUACCAAGUGGCCGCUGCUGAACUGCAACCGGUCGCCGCUUACAGGGACCGAUAUUCAGGGGUCACUACACGUCAUCAUGACAGAGUAUGGAAACGAGGACAUGAAGACGUAGUUUUAAGGCAUGGAGAACGCAGGCCUCAUAUAGGAGGUUCAAGAAUUCUAUCUAACACGUUAGAUAACGUCGUAGACAAUUCUAAUAGAAGACAAUAUGGAAUGGGGCUUGUAGGACGGUUGUUUGGACGUUCCUUCAGAAAAUCUGUAGCCCAAGAUACAAACGUUAGAGAACAAUUAGACGACAUGGAAGACUACAGACCCAUGUUCACCUACUGGGUAACGACUGUACAGAUUUUGGUGCUUUUUAUAUCGAUAGUUUGUUACGGAUUUGGUCCUUUUGGCAUCGACAUGCAGACUAGGUCAGGACAGGUUCUCGUCACCAGUUUAUCGUUGCAACAAGUUGACUACAUGGAACCUGCAAACUUUUGGUUUGGACCGAGGGCCAACGAUUUGAUACAUCUAGGCGCGAAAUUUGCUCCUUGUAUGAGGGUGGACACGAAAAUUAAGAAGGAAAUCGACAAGAUCCAAGCAAAGGAAAGAGAAACUGCUUGUUGUAUAAGGAAUGAUGAUUCCGGUUGUGUGCAAUCUUCUCAAGCGGAUUGUUCGAAAACCAUAUCCACAUGGAAAAAGUGGACAAUGGGUGAUGCGGGACCUGGUGGAAGGAUAUCUGGCUCUGUUUGUGGCUUGGAUCCAAAAUUCUGCGACGCCCCAGCGAGUGUUCACCCGUACGAAUGGCCGGAUGACAUAACAAAAUGGCCGAUUUGCCGCAAGACCAACACCCAGUUUUCCAUCCAGAAUAGACCGAAGGACAAAUUGGCUGAACAUAUGGUGUGUGAGGUCAUCGGGCAUCCUUGCUGUAUUGGAAUCCAUGGGCAGUGCAAGAUCACCACCAAGGAGUACUGUGACUUUGUUAGGGGUACUUUUCAUGAGGAGGCCUCGCUUUGUUCGCAAGUUUCGUGCCUGAAUGACGUCUGCGGUAUGAUCCCCUUCUAUUUCCCUAAUGUGCCUGACCAAUUCUACAGACUGUGGACAUCUCUUUUUCUCCACGCGGGUAUCCUCCAGCUGAUGAUUACUGUCCUGAUCCAGUAUUUCCUGAUGAGGGACUUGGAGAAGCUAACAGGGAGCGUCAGGAUCGGCAUAAUAUACAUUGGAUCUGGGGUCGGUCCUGCUGGUUCACAGUUUGGCCUCCUAGCCUGCCUCAUAGUGGAGGUGCUGAACGCAUGGCCGAUGUUGAAACAUCCCAACCAGGCGCUGUGCAAGCUGCUCUCAAUCACCUUGGUGCUAUUCUUUCUUGGCCUGUUGCCGUGGGUGGACAACUACGCACAUCUUUUCGGCUUCAUCUUCGGAUUCCUGCUCUCUUAUGCUUUCUUGCCUUUCAUCUCCUUCGGACAUUAUGAUCGUCAUAAGAAGAUCUUUCUUAUCUGGGUGUGCCUGGCAUCUGCCUGGAUCCUGUUCAUCUGUCUGGUGCUGCUGUUCUACAUAAUCCCCGUGUACGAUUGCAAGAUCUGCUCAUACUUCAACUGCCUGCCGUUGACGCGCGACUUUUGCGCCUCACAGAACAUCAACUUCAAAAGAGAGGAGCCCAUAGUAUGACGAAUGUUGAUGCGGUUCAUGACCGUACCAUUAGUUCUUCUCGUCACGACGUUUCGAUGGUCAUUGCCGAUGGCAUCAUCUGCAUUAAUGUUACGGCUGUCGAGAUUUGCCCUGAAUGCGACACGGUUUGCGGUUGGUUGUUUUUAGUAUUGUUUAUGUUUUUUCCGAUAUCCUAAGACUCAGGUCCGGUAGAGUAUCUACAUAAAUUGGUCGAAUUUAAGAUUCAUUAAUAUUACGAAGACUGUUUAGUGAUCUCCCAUGGAAAAAUCAUAUGCACACACAAUGCAAAUAUAUGUAACCAAGAAAUGAACUUACUACGUGUGUUGCUUAAACAAUCAUCACUACCUUAGUGCAGUAGUAUUGACAUUCGUGAAGUCUGUAGAACAAUUGUUUUUAUGACACGUUGUUCAGUCUCAAGGAUUUGAAUGAUGAUGAAUGAUUUGUUGAUGACAUGUUUGUGAUUCUCUUUGAGAUAUGUUUUUUUGAUCACUAGCUUUUGUCACUCUUGUUGAAGCCCAUUCAAUGAUUUAAAAAAUAUAUAAAUUAAAGUUUGUGAAACUAAAAACACACGCUUCAAUAGCAAAUCGAACUAAAAAGUGGAAAAUAAUAAGUAUCGCAGAGUUUAUGUUACUGCCAUAGUAAGUCCAACAAUCCAGUACGACUAAUUAAUUUGGAAUAAGGUCAAUAUAAAAGUUAAGAUAUCAACAAAAAAUUCAAUUUUAGGAGAAAAGCGUGAGGUGAUUGAUACUAAAGGUAAGAAUUAUUUUUUUAGUUGCUAUUUACAAAAUUUUAGAUACUAUGAAAAUACAGUUAAUUGAUUUCCACCCUUUUUUAAUAUAAUUGAAUGUUUUAUUAUUAUCUUAAUUUUUUUUGUUAAUUUUAUUCCAAAUUAAUUAGCCAUACUUGAUUGUUGGACUUUCUAUUGCAGUAGCAUAAACUCCCCGAUACUUGAAUAUUAUUCUCUACUUUUAGUCCGAUUUGCUAUUAGAGGGUGUUUUUUAUUAUUUAUUAUUAUAUAAUUUAUUUUCAGAAUUUUUUGUCUCAAAA